AUGCAACUUUCCACCCUCCUCCUAGUCUGCACGGCCGUGGCAAGCACAACCGUCGCGGCCAGCACAGCCGCGCCCAGAGGACUCGUUAGCAAGGAAGUCAACUUCGGUUGCAUCAAGACACAACCAGAGUACACAGCCCUUAUGCCGAAGUGCGCACAAUACUGCCACGCACUGGCACUUACCACCAACGGCUGCGCACGCGACGACCACAUCUGCCACUGCAAGAACUAUAGCAAGACGGCACAGAUCAUCGAGCCCUGUGUGUUUGGGCCCAACCCUGGUCCUGCUGGGCCCUGCACCAACGACGAAAUCACCCAAUUUGCUGGAACAGGCGCCAAGUACUGCGCGUUCUGGAACCAGACUGCGGAUGCUGCCAUCCAGGGCAAGUUCAGGGAGAACACGCUGACUUGCAAGAUACAAGGCAUACUAGGUGGCAGGUCUUGA